AUGGUCAUCCCAGUGGUCAUUCCAAAGGACUACGAGGACAUUCUUUUGCCGAAAGAUGAAACAUGGCCCUUUUUUCUUCGUUUCUCGAUUGAUUGCUUUGAUAUUCAUCUUGGUCUCAACAACCAAGCUAUUCUUUGGUGUGGUCCUGCCACAAGUUCAACAACUAAAUUUUUGCACAUUCCUCCUUAUAUCAGCCUUGUCGUGUGUCUAUUAGCAAUUACUGUUCUUUUAUUAGUCUUUAUCACUAUUGUUUCAAUCACCUACUUACUCAAAUGCAUAUUCUGCUUUGAAGUUGUGGAAAAAGAAUGCUUUCAUCCAGUAAGGGUCAAUUUCUUCUUUGCUUUAUAGGUUGUGUACAUGUUCUUUGCUAUUGGAGCACCACCUCUACUAACACGUGGGCCUUUGUAUCCCACUAUUUAGGAUGUUGUCAUGGCACCCUAUUUUUUCCUUGAACUUAAGAUUUAUGGGCAGUGGCUUUUUGGGGGUAAAAGGCAUCUCUGUAAGGUAGCUAACCCAUCUUCUCAUCUAUUAGUGGUUGGCAACUUUGUUGCAAUUUUAGCUGCUAUAGUUGGGUGGAAGGAGGUUGGAAAAUUUUUAUGGGCCAUUGGUUUUGCACAUUAUCUUGUGGUGUUUGUGAAAUUGUAUCAAAGAUUGCCAACAAGAGAAACACUACUUAAAGAAUUGCACCAUGUCUAUUCUAUGUUUAUUGUCGCCCCACCGGUUGCUAGCAUUGCUUGGGAAACUAUCUUGAGUUUUGAUGAGUUGUCAAGGAAUUGCUUCUUCAUCGCACUUUUUCUAUAUAUCUCAUUGGUUGUAAGUACCAACUUCUUCAUAGGGUUCAAGUUCUCAAUGGCAUGGUGACCUUAUACAUUCCCCAUGACAACAGCAUCAGUGGCAACAAUCAAGUAUGCAGAACAGGUUCCUUGUGUUUUAAGCAAGGGUCUUGCACUUAGUCUUUCCUUCAUGUCCUCAACAAUGGUGAUUGUGUAUGUGUCAACUCUUCUUCAUGCCUUUGUUUGGUGCACCUUAUUCCUUAAUGAUCUUGCCAUCGUUAUUCCAAAGAAAAGGCUUGCUAAGAAGAAACCCUUUAAGAAAGCUUAUGAUACGGGGCGUUGGACGAAGAAUGUUCUAACAAAGCAUAAUUCAUCCAACAAAUAUUUUUACUGA